AGUAUGGAAUUUUGUAUCUCGAAACGAAUAGUGAUCAGUUUGUUUCCACACCUCUCGACAGUCUUACUCAUAGUCGUGUUCGUAGACCUACAAGGUUCAAGACUGCCAAGAUAAGAGUUUGAGAAAGGGAGACUUCAAGUUCUAGGGGUCAUCUUGUUGGCUGAUUGGAGCUGUACGUUGUGCGGGUAUUAUCUUGUAAAGUAAAGCCCUUGGUGGGUGAUUUUCCGUCAGCAUGUCGAAGGAUAAUUGGUUAUCGGACUAUGAUAGUGUUGUGCAGCUGGGUGAUGACAUCAUGGAGAGAAUUAACGAGAGGAAUCGGACGUUGAGGAACGGCGGUAAUCCCACCAAGGUAUCUGUUGGUAUCCGUGGUAUGAUGAAUCAGUACGGCAAGCAACUCAACAAUCUGAAGCAAGCACUGGCCAGGGCAUCCUCCUCCUAUCACAUUACUGACAGAGAGUUGGACAGGCGGCAAGACAUGCUGGGUAACCUGUUCAGUAGGCAAAAGCAGAUCAAUAUGUCUUUCCAGCAAGAAGGUGGCACGGAUGCAUCAAGAGGUAUGCUGUUCCAUGCCGGCGAGGGCAGUGGACGUGUCAGUGGACCUGAGGAGACGGCGUAUACACGUGGACAAACGAACGAUGAACUGCGUACGCAGCAGCAAGUCAUGAUCGAAGAACAAGACCGAGGAUUGGAGGCUCUGUCUGGCGCCCUAUCAAGGCAAAAACAGAUUGGACUGGCAAUCGGUGAUGAGGUGGAAUAUCAGAAUGAAAUCAUCGACGACCUGGGCAAUCGUGUUGAUCGCACCAACGAGCGCUUAGUGAAAACGACCAAGGCGGUUCGUAAAGUGCACAUGAAGGCGUCAGACACAGGAAUGUGCUGUAUCGUCGUUCUACUGCUCAUCGCAAUUGUCGUCGUCGCCGUCGUACCCAAAUAGCAAGUCUCCUGUUUACAGAAACCUCUGCCACAGUGGGUGGCUUCCUCUCCUCUUGCCGUGCACCAAGUGUUUGUGCAAUGUGUCAAGUUGCUCUUGCACAUCAGAAUCACUGUUUGUCAAGUUCGCUUUUCCCAUCACCUGCUCUCUGUGUCUCUCAGCAGUCCGUGUUGUCUUCUUGGUGAAUGGUCGUUGCUGCAUUCUCUCAUUUACUCUCUCACCUGGUUAUCGCUGCCCAUGUGCACAAUUGAUUGACGGGGUGGCAUCCCCGGUGCACAAUGUACAGGGUUGCUUCUGUUGCUGUCAAGCUGUUAUGACCUCCAUGACUGUCCUCUCCCCGCUGCUCGGUGUCCGCUCACCACAGUGCGGUGUGCGCGCUCUGUGCAGCUUCUGCGAUUCGCGGCACAUUGUGAGCUGCUGUUGAUUUCUCUAGUUCUGUACAUAUUGAUCUCUGCCCGUGCAUUCUAGGCAGCUGCACGCAAGUAGCUAGUCCUCGCCAGCUGGAGAAAGCCACGUUAGCCCUGCUCGCGUUUUCCAGGGAUUUUUUUAUUGGCAGAGCCUCACUCUAAUACUGACGUGCAUGGCAUGCCUCCGCUGCCGCUGCUAGCGCUCUCAUAGUGCGCCGUGGCUCAUAAAACAUUACAUUACAGUAUUGAUUUUUGAACUCCCUCCUUUAAUACAACCCACUGACUAUCGUGCGAUAGUUUUUAUCUCUGUGCCCUUGCUCUACUUAGUUUGACGUGGCUCUGGGUUGGAGCUACUGUUCUCCUACUACACCUAGAGAGUUGUAUUCAUAAAUGAAUGUUAUUUGCUAUUUACUAUACCCACUGAAUGCAUGACUAGUGUUGUUCUGUGUGGACGGUGUACCGGCGUUGAUCACUCGUCUACUUUACCUCUAUCUUAUUUUAUUUUUAUGUUGAUAUUUUCCACCAGUGAAUCUCUUUAACUGCUUGCAUUCUAUAAGACUAAGAAGUAUUCUUAAAACUCA